CGUUCGCUACGCGACUCUAGCGCCGCCGUAAUAAGACAGCCCGCGAAUCGUUCUCGGCGUUGUUUUGUGUCUCGCCUCUAGCCCGCGUCGUCUACCUUCAAUUCUCCUCGGUGCAGCAGUUCGAAGCAAACGCACCGAGCAUCAAUUUCUCGUCGACAAUAAUCCAUCAGGUGCCAUCAAGUGCGUCUUGCGACGUUGCGCGCGCUAAUGCAAAUAGUGGUUCGUGCAGGUGCAUACUCCCUGUCGUCCGACGUCUCGCAUUUCGACCAAAACAUUGCCGUCCUUGAAACGCGUGCACAGCACAACGCGCUGCGGUCACAUGACGCGCGCGAGCGCUGAAUAAUUGGUCCUUUGUGAGCGUGCCCUGCGCGUUGUUCCUGCGCGCCAGUGAUUGCAAAAUGCCGUCAGAGGCAAAACCUUUGUUGACAGCCCAAACGGAAAAACCGAAUCACUACUCCUAUCUGAAAGAGUUUCGCGUGGAGCAAUGCCCGCUCUUCUUGCAGCACAAGUGCACCCAACAUCGGCCGUUCACAUGUUUCAAUUGGCAUUUCAUGAACCAAAGACGUCGUCGGCCCGUACGCCGACGCGAUGGUACCUUCAACUAUAGCGCCGAUAACUACUGCACAAAAUACGAUGAGACCACGGGGAUCUGUCCUGAUGGUGACGACUGCCCAUACUUACAUCGCACUGCGGGGGAUACCGAGCGUCGUUACCAUUUGAGAUACUACAAGACCUGCAUGUGCGUACAUGAUACGGACAGUCGCGGCUUUUGCGCUAAGAAUGGCCUGCAUUGUGCCUUUGCGCACGGCAGCCAGGACCAUCGGCCUCCCGUAUAUGAUAUCAAAGAAAUCCAGGCGCUGGAGACCCCCGAACCUGACGGGUGCGCCUCGAAUGGUCCCAAUGCAUUGGACAAGGAACGCAACUUGAUGAAUGAAGAUCCCAAGUGGCAAGAUACCAACCACGUGUUAUCAAACUAUAAGACCGAUUCCUGCAAAAGACCUCCAAGGUUGUGCCGCCAAGGAUACGCGUGUCCUCAGUAUCAUAAUAGCAAGGACAAGCGUCGUAGUCCCAGGAAAUAUAAGUAUAGAUCGACCCCAUGCCCGAGUGUGAAACACGGGGAAGAAUGGGGCGAGCCGGGCAAUUGCGAAGCCGGCGACCAGUGUAGCUAUUGUCACACUCGCACAGAGCAACAGUUCCAUCCGGAGAUCUACAAAAGUACCAAGUGCAACGACGUUCAGCAGGCCGGAUACUGUCCACGCGGUGUUUUCUGCGCGUUUGCUCACGUUGAACCUUUCGUUACAGAGGAGAUGACCGCAUCGCGCGAGAAUGGACCGCUGGACGGCGGUACGAAACUGGUUGACCUGGUUGCGAACGCGAUCACCGAGAAGGAAAAGAGCAGCGACAGUAGCGUAAGUUGUUUGCUGUUUAAUAAUAUGGAAGAUGGAAAUGGGAACGGUAAGGCCGCUUUGCAGAACGGGAGCAGCGAAGUGUCCGAAUCAGCGUCGACCUCGUCAAUCGGCUCGAACAGCUCGCACAAUCGCGCACCCGGCGCCCAGCUUAAGCACACCCAAACACCCUACAAUCGCGCCGCCGUCGGCACCGCAGAUUUCACCAAACAGUUGCUUACAAUCGACAGCGAUACAGCAUUGGACGCUAUUGAACGCGAGCAGAAGAAACAGAACCUCUGUCUGGCAUACGGCAACAUUGGUAACUACUUCAAUAAUGAAAAUGUCGAUAGCCUCGUGGGCACCGCACUCGACGACUUGCAUUUAGACGACUCUUUAAAUCUGGAUCUAGACGAGCCGCAAUCGGUGUCGAAUUCGAUCUCGGUGGGCCUGGCAUCGUCCGGCCUGCUGGGCAGCUCUGCACCAGUCAACAUUCCGGGAGCCGCACGUCAUACAUUCAGCCCAAAUAGCCCUUUGAUUCAUUCAUCGUUCCUCGGCUCCAACCACUACUCGCCCAGUGCCAGCAUGGACUCUUUCCUCAAUCACACCGCGUUGCCGCUCAGCAGUAGCGCCUCCAAGAUCAACUCGUUCACGAACUUCUUCGACUUCCAGCCGCAGAAUAUCUCACCAAACUCACGGAAUCACAACUUUAGUAUGUCGCCGAGCAUGGCUAAUCUAGAGCUGGCGCGUCUGCGCGACGAAAUAUCCACGUCGCGCAUGCAGAUCACCAACUGGGAGGAUCGUUUGCAACAGGCGCGUGCCGCCUGCGAAGCAUGGCAGCGCGAAACUGAAGAGUCGAAACGCAAGCAGGAGCUGACGGAGGCGAAGCUUGCGCAGACAAUACAACAGUACAACGCGCUCAAGAAUGACUACGACUGCCUGCAGGGCGGUCCGCAUCUGCACAGUAUUAGGAAGGUGUCGGAGCUGAGCAAGCUAUCUCUCACCGUGCUCAAGGGUAUUCAGGCACAGCUGCGCCAGGACCUCGAAGAGGUCGACGAGGUAUUGUAUCGCGAGACCGCGUCCAAGUGCAUGGUAUGCGAAGAGAGAAAUCGGACUGUAACGCUAAAUUGUAAUCAUUUUGUGCUGUGCCAGACCUGCGCGGUGACUCAGAACGAAUGCCCCUAUUGCCAGACGCUCAUAAUGGGCAACAACAUCUGAACCUUAGGGCUUUAGGUCUGUAUGCAAUUGAAUCUGUGGAGGGCGCAUGGGAAGAUCGAAAUUCGCAAUAAUAUGGUAACAAUAAAAUUUCCGUCAGUAUUACAUUAUUACGAUGGCGAGGUGCGCAUCAUUCUGGAAGUAAGGGCUAAAGUUUAGCGCGUCGUAUAUGAACACGGAUAUUAUUGCAUACAAUUUAACAAAUUUCAUACACAAAUUUGCAGAGACGAAGAGAAGAUUUUAAUAUGAGAUAAGUAGGUUUAUGUAAAUUUCUAAUGUGUGCAUCGUAUAAAGAUGCAUUUUUUUUAAAUUCUUGGUAAGACAAGAUAUAACUGUUAUUAUUUUACUUGGCAUUCAAGACUAUUCGGUGUGUAUUAAAUCUUUAGAACAUCCGCGUUCUUGUUUAUUUGCUGCACCGCAUAAGCAUAUUACAUACCGUCGAAUUUGUCUAAUUCAGCAUGUAGCCUGGAAUUCGGUUAAUUUUCAAGCGAAAAAGAUUCAAAUUAUACAAGAGGCAUUUUUCAUGUGACAUCUAUCUGUGAAGAUAGGCAAAAUUGCGAUAGGAAUUACUUCAAAGUUCGUCGACUAUGGAAUGAAUUAUUUAAUGAUCUCUUACAAUUCCAUAUUAUCAUUGCAUAUUCUCAAUUUCUAUCAGCUUGCAUCAACAACAAAAAGAAAAUGAAUAGGAUUCAUUCAAAUAUUAAUAGUUCUGCGAUAUUAUAAUUAAAUUACUACGCUUUGUCGAAUUCGUUCGUGUUUCGUCCAAGCAAAAUACAAUUUCUCAAGCUUGACUACUUUCACAUUACGCAUCGUUGCUGAUGCACUGGAAUAUAUUUUUAUAUUCUUUGGUCGUUUUUGAGGCACUUAUUAAUACUCUUAAAGAUGGAACACGCGAGAAAUAUUCAAAGUUGUAUGGUUGGUGUUCAAGUUGCUUGUGUACAUGUGUUUAAUGUGAAAUAUGAAAUAUGUAUUUUAAAGAAAGCAGUCAAUUAGGUCUUGAAAAUAGAUAUUUGCCACUACUCACUUCAGGAGACUAAAUUAGAAGCAUAUGAAAGGGGGUGCUGUUAUGCAAACACCCUUUCUUUCUUCUCUCUCUCUCUUUCAAACUGCUCGAAUUUGUCGUUCGUAGCGUCUUCAUUGAACUCAAACGUGCUGCGCUUACUUGACUGCACAAUCGAUUCUAAGACGAGUAGCAAACAAACAUGAUGCAACACUGAACGAACAUAUCAAAAAUCUGAAGAUUGACAACUUUUUGGAAGAUACCUAAUCUUUGUACGAAUUUUAUAUUAUACUCAUAUUUUCAUACCGAAACCAAAAUAUGUGACGCAUCUAUAUGAGGUGAUGCAAAUCGAAAGCAAUCUUAAAUUCGUGCGCGCGCGAAGGUGCAAGUGACGAUGUUAAACGUUUGAGGUUUGAUAGGAGAACAGAAGAAAGUAUAUUCGGGCGUAGAUAUUACUGCUUGGAAGCAAAUUGUAAAUUAUCAAAGAUAUAUUUUUCUAUGGUUUUAUUUAAUUGGAACAAAAAUGUGAUUUAGUUUUCUAUGGUUUGCUGCAAUUUGGUUAAAAUUGAAAAUUUUCGCACCUACGUUCAUGGUAUGUGCAGCAUUGCAGUUCAUCAACGUAUUUUAUAAGCAUACACAAAACAACCGACUGAACUAUUUUUCAUAAAAAGGUUUGCGUCAUUUGGGAGCAUGACUAAUGAACAUACAAUCUUUACGUUUACACUUAAGAUUUGGCGAUGUUUAUAUUCAUACCGUUUUUGAUAUUGAGGUGAUCUAAUGUACACACACACACAUACACACACUACGACGAUAUGAGGAUUCGAAUUGAUAUAAGACUAUUAAAUGAUUAUGUAUAUCUAUAUAUAUACUGCUAUAUAUAUAUAUUUAUAUACAUACGUGUAUGUAAAUACAGAACAUAUUUUUUACUACCAUUACUCUUAUGUACGUUUAACGUGAAAUGCAUAUUUGAAAUAUUUGAAUAAAUUUAUAAUAUAACAGAAGCCACGCAUACGUAUUGGACACAAGUGCAAUAUGUAUGAUGUUUGCAUACAUAUGUGUGGAUACAUUUGAAAUGAACAAAGCUAGCUAUGUAAACCGAUGGAUGGAUGUCAAUACUUUUCUUUGCGAAACAUUAGCGACACAAUACAGAAAUAUACAUUUAAAGAUAUAUUAUAUAUUAUACAUAUAAAAAGAAACAAAUUAUAACUUUAGGUAGGUAGCUAUUAUAAUAAUUAACUAAUUACUUGGGAAUUAAACGGAGGCACGUUCCGAAUGGAUCACCUCCCCCAACACUCCCUGACGAUGGCAAGCAAACGAAUCAGUGCAAAUUAGUAGUCAAAUGCAAUUCGCAGUUGCGAUUUGGCAGCGUUAAAAGCAUACGAAGGCCUAUGUUUGUACUUGUGACGGAGAGAAGAGUGACGUUGCUGACCAUCGAAUACCAAUGCGUUUCCCAUCGGCUUAUUUUUGCAUUUUCUCACAAAACCGCAUUUUUCGUUCUUUAAUGCCGAUGGCAUUGGCUGGAUGUUUGUUCGUUCAUGUUCAUUGUAUUUUUAACCAGUUACAUAAGGAGAAAUUUUAAUUUAUCAAUCUUUGUACAUGUAAUAUUUGUGUAUUUUCAAAUAACUAUAAUAGAUUUUGAAAUUAAAAA